AUGCUAAUUCAAUGCAGACUCGAACGCCAGUUUUACUUUCGCAACAGCGCAAGUGAGAGUAAUGGCUUUCGCAAGAAUGUUUUCGUUCAUAUCACUAUGCGUGAUUAUCCUAAAUCAGCCCGAAAUCAACUCCGAAACCCUUAACGAUGACGGACAACGUCAUCCUGUAGGUCAGUGUUCUCUGUCUAGCGUAAUCAAAACUUACGCAAGAAGUGGUCAUCUCGUGGUUCAUAGGGAAAGUUUGUUUGUCGCCUAUUGUGUAUGCGGAGAAACGUUCGCUCCAAUCACGUGGACAGGGAAUGCUGUAGACAAUGGGCGUGGUAGUAAUCAAGAUGUCACUUUUGGUAGAUCGAAAUACAGACUGUCGAAUGUCUCUAAGCGAGACGAGGGACGUUUGUGUUGUGUUCAGGGCGAGCACUCGGUGUGUCUCUACUUACUAGUCGUCGAUGCGCCCGUCGUCACCUUGUCAGACCGAACUCACGUGACGUGCAAUAAUGAAACUUUAGGCAAAGAUACGAACGCUGUCUCUAUUCAGUGUAAUGUAUCAUCACACGUCGAGCAGGAUCUCGCUCAAGGUUUCAUGCAAGUUUACAUCAAUGACGUCGGGACGGUAAGCUACGAUCAAACGCCGUCAAACGGCACUCGCAAAGAUCUAGCGGGAAAUAAUGUGUAUACUAAAGCGUUUGAGUUUCGAGAAGACAUGCGUAAUGGUGACAGUUUGGAUUGUCGGUGGAUUCGCGAAGAUGGUAAAAUAGUGAAGUCGAACGUUCAGCUGGUGGCAAAAGAUCAUACGUGUUCUGUGCCAACCGUCUCGUUCACGACAAUUGCUGCUUCGACUGUUGGAUCAACGAACAGCACGACAGUAGCUAUGACUAGCCAAAAUGAUGGUCUCAUCAUUGGCUUGACUGUACCGUUGACUGCCUCUGUAAUUGUGCUGCUUCUAAUUGCUUGCUAUUAUCGAAAAGAAAUCGGAAAUAAAUUUAGAAAAAGAUGGCCUCAACCGAUGAAUGAUUUACAAAGGACAAACCAAAACGGCGUGUACAAGAACCGUAGAGAAGAAGAGUCGACGACGGUGGAUUUAGGAUUAUCAGAUGAUGAUGAAGGUCUUGAAGGGUCGAAAAACCAUGCAAAUACACAAACAUCAAGUCACUUGCCACCUUCAGACAGUCCUUCUCUAGUACGUAAUUGCCUAAACUCAAUUUCUGAGACAGAGACAAGAAGUCGACCUACCAGUGAAAUACUCAACAAGACUGAGAAUAAUGGUAAUCCUAGACGAAACUCAUCGAUUGACGACCUUGCAGACAGAAUGGAUUUUGAAAAGAGUGUAAUAAGUCAGCUAAAGACAAUUAGCCAACAAUUUGAAGAGCACCAAAGGAUGGCCGAUGAUUUGCUUGAACGUGUUACACCAGCAGCUCCAAAAAAACGCAUACAGACGGCCGCUUAUUCGAUGACCAAUCACGACAGUAUGUCUAGGGAGAUAGACAGAGGACAUAGCGAAUCUUGCAAGAUUAUUCGUAUGACUGCUGUAUAACCUAGAUAUUACAAAUUGGCAUUUUAGACUUAGUGUUAUUGCUUUACUAAAUCAAGCAAUACAUCGAUCAGUUGAAGUUAUGAUGUUGUUUGGAAAUUUACUUUACUACACUCUAACUCAAAUAAAUUCACAGUAAUUAAUUUUUAAACAGCUGUGUGAGCUAUAAAUUAGAAUAUUAGGAAUGUUUGAAUGCAUUAUUUCAAUUAGGCAAAUUUGUAAUACUGCAAAAUAGAAUUUGAAUUUAGCAACUAGAAAAAUUGCUGUUAGGAAAUAGUGUAUGCUAUGUGACUGGUAAGUAUACAUUACAUAUAUACUGUCUUGCUCAUUGUACAAUGUCUUGAGCACAGUUGCUUGAA